CGGCAGUUCUCACCGGACCUUCUCAGGUGAUUCGCCUUUCUUUCGAGAUCCUCCAAAUGUCUCAGAAAUACUUGAGCAUACAUUUAGUCGAGAUCACGGGACAGUUUCCGAAACAUCGAUCUUCUCGGAACGGAUUUUCCCGACUGACUUGGACUGACUUGAUCCAAAAUCAGUUUUGAGGAUUCAGCUCAUCAUUAUAGAGUAAAUACGUGGACAAUCAGGAUGACGCGAAAGAAGAACAUCUCACCGUUAUGAUAUCACGUCGAAACGAGACAAGAAAGAAAUAAAAAGGGAAAAGAUAAAGGAAGAAGUAAGGAAGAAACAGCUCGGUCAGCUCACUUUCUUUUUCACAAGAGAGAACAGAGAUGAAUCGUACGGAAGGAAACGACCUCUGGGUAUUCGGAUACGGAUCGCUUUGCUGGCAUCCUGGUUUCGCGUACACGAAAAGCAAGACCGGCUACGUGAAGGGCUUCAGCAGGCGAUUCUGGCAAGGCAAUACCACGCAUCGUGGAACGGCAGAAAAGCCUGGGCGAGUCGUUACCCUAAUCGAGGACAAAGAGGCUAUAGUUUACGGACGAGCAUUCCAACUCCAGAACAAUUGCAAUGUGGAUAACUUUUCCUACUUAGAAAACCGCGAAUGUACCUUGGGAGGAUACGAUCUGACAACUAUCGCAACGUUUUACAGCCAGCACGGGGACAUGCAAUUCCCCGUGAUAAUUUACAUUGCCACCAAUAAGAACAAACAGUGGCUCGGCGAGGCAUCGUUGCAGACUGUAGCGCGUCAAAUCACUGAAUGUUCCGGUCCAAGCGGACAUAAUGUCGAAUAUCUUUUACGCUUGGCGGAGUUUAUGCACCGUUACUUGCCGGAGGCGCACGACGAGCACCUCUUCACGCUGGAAAUGUUAGUACGUUCGCGAAUAAAGGAGGAGAACAUGUGCUUGGGGACGUUGAUGGGAAAUAACAACUUCGAUAUCGACCUCGACGAGGACCCGGAAUCGGCUGUUGCCGCAGAAGAAGUUAACGAGCGACCCAGGGAGAACUCUUUUCAGUUUAGCGCGCGAAUUCCGUCCAAGAGCUUGCGUUGUGUAAAAAUGUAAUCAAUUGGAUCGUACAGUUGUAUUUUGCAACUUUGAUCGCACAUCCGUAUGAUAACGAAUGAAGGAAACGGAAACUUAUCUUCUUGCGAGAGAAACGCGCAAUUCGAAUAAUUCGUACAAAUUUCCUAAUAUAUAAAAAUGCAAACUAGUAGUUAAUUUCACUCCUAGUUUGC